AUGACAACAGGUUCGAUCGAAAAUAAACGCUCAUUUGAAGACAUCAUAUCAGAUCUAAGAGAUGGGGACGCCGAUGAUAUAAUUUCAGCACAUUUUAACAGUGGAAAUAUUAAUAGACAAGACGAGAAUGGCUCAACACCUUUGAUUCACGUAGUAAGAUUGAAUUAUAAACAAUCAAAAAUUCUGACAGCCAAGAUAAGGAGUAGAGAAGAAAUACUGAAUUUUACAAGAUUCCUUCUGUCAAAGGGGGCAAAUCCCAAGGUGACCGACAGUGAUGGUAUAACCGCCCUACAACAUUUUUUUAGGGAUUCUUACGAGCAUGUUGUUCGUGUGCUCAACCCAAAAGCUGGUGAAAAUUUUGAGUGUUUUAUGAACGGCUGGACAAACGUUAUUAAACUUCUUAACUGCCAUGGAGCAGAUAUGAAUGCUCUAGACAACAACAACGAAACUCCUCUACUAUACUUCAUCAAACAAUUAAAAAGAAAUAAUCAUGAUCCAGCAGUUACUGCGUGCCUGUACCGAAUGACAUACUUUCUCAUUGAUCAUUUGGCAAUGAACGACAACAAAGUUACCCUAGAAUAUGCUUUAGAUGUAUUUAUUAGAUAUAGAGACACAACUAUAAACACAAGAAAUAGACACUAUUUUACAACGCAGUUAGGAAAUGUGAUAAAUUACCUCGCAAACCACAUGGCGACACAACAUAAAGUGACACAAGACGAAAUGCUAAAAGGGCUAAAACUGAAGACUAAAUGGGAUAAUUUUCGCAAGUCAACCUAUAUUCUAGAUGAACAGAAACAGGGCAGAACUAUUAGAUCGAAUCCUCAACGUGGUAUGACACGCCAUGGCUACAACGUUGAUCUUUCAGAAAAAAUCUUUAAUCAAAUUUCUCCAGAGCUCGGUAAAGAUAUUCAGGCACUUGGCAGUAAUUUGGGUUUAACGGUUGCAGAAAUACAAAACAUUGAGAGAGAUAACCGUGACAAUUCAGGACUAUCAGCAUUCCAUGUGUUACUAAAGUGGUUUCGUGCAGGGAAUCACAAACAUGGUCACCUUAUUUUAAUUGGUGCUUUGGAGAACAUUGGCAGACGAGACGUUGCUCAAAAGGUGGAGGACUAUGGAAAUGGAUCGCCGGGGAAUUGUUUCCUUGGACACGUUUCAUAUACCCCCGAGACUUCACCCGAAGGUUCGUCAGAUGGCCGAAAAAGUACAAAUGCUUCACCAAUUCCGAUUGACCUUGCGAGCUCAGAGGAAGAGGACUCUAAUGCGUCAGUUGCAAAUAUGCAAAAUAGAAGCCCCAGUUCAAGGAAAAGACCCAAUCAUGGCACAACCGACCGUCCAGACGCAAAACAAAAGAAGUGA